AUCCUGCAUCCUGCCAGCAUAGUAAGUUGGAUUGGUUUAUGUUAGUUUACUCCCCUCUGUCUGCAUCCCUAAUUACAUUUCUUUCUAAUGUCUCUAUUGUAUUAUAACUACCCCUCUCUUUCUUUGGAAAAGGCAUGGAGCCUAUGUGUAGGUAUGUGUGUGUGUCGUUGGGGGGACAAACAGGGACAAAGUGAUUAUAGCCCUUCCUCCAGGGUGCACAUUUUAAACAAACACCUAUAGAAGGAACCCUUGAUUGACUUAUUCUCCCUCCCCGCCCAUGCAGGAGGAGUGUCCUCUCUCCUCCCGUAUAAAACCCAACGCACGCACCAGUAGUAAAGCAUGCAUAGAGAGACGCGGUGCUGCUACACCGACACAAAGGGAGAGACACACUGGCAGAAUCCCAGACUGUGUGUUAGUAAACCGUUUGUUUUGGGAUAACACAGAUACUCCAGACUAUCAAACUAUCUUGCGCUCUAGUAUGAGUUCAGCAGCAUCCCUGGAUUAAUCGGACUUGCAGCCUACUUGCAAAGCGCAAGUUCGCUGGCACUUUAUCGAGGACGAAUCGCGCACAGAAAGAAACGAUGGAGAGGGCCAGCCUGGGAUGGUGCGUGAUGUUAACACUCGUCCUGCACGGUACGAGGUGCAUGGCGGCCAAGGAGCUCCAGUGCCAGGAGAUUUCCGUACCUCUGUGCAAAGGAAUAGGCUACAAUUACACAUACAUGCCCAACCAGUUCAACCACGACACGCAGGACGAAGCCGGCCUGGAGGUGCACCAGUUUUGGCCGCUGGUGGAGAUAAAGUGCUCCCCGGACUUGCGCUUCUUCCUCUGCAGCAUGUACACGCCGAUCUGCCUGGAGGACUACAAGAAGCCUCUACCGCCGUGCAGGAGCGUGUGUGAGCGGGCCAAAGCUGGCUGCGCUCCGCUGAUGAGACAGUACGGCUUCCCGUGGCCAGACCGGAUGAGAUGCGACCUGCUGCCCGAGCAAGGUAACCAGGACACGCUGUGCAUGGACUACAACCGGAGCCAGACCACCACUGCUUCUCCAGUGGUGGCGAAGCCGACCAACCGGCCCCAGAAGCCGUACAACCCCAGGAAGAAGAGCGGCUACGGUCGCGGCAUCCCCGGGAAACACAAACCAGCAGCGUCACCGUGUGAGCCGGGAUGCUUCUGCCGUGCGCCCAUGGUGCCAGUGACCAGUGACGGCCACCCGCUGCACAACCGCGUCAAGACAGGACAGAUCCUGAACUGUGCCAUGCCGUGCCACAAUCCCUACUUCACCCAAGAAGAGAGAACUUUCACCGCCUUCUGGAUUGGCUUGUGGUCCGUCCUGUGUUUCAUCUCCACUUUCGCAACUGUGGCGACUUUUUUAAUCGACAUGGAGAGGUUCAAAUACCCAGAGCGCCCCAUUAUAUUCCUCUCAGCCUGCUACAUGUUUGUGUCCAUUGGAUACAUUGUUAGACUGAUUGCCGGGCAUGAGGAAGUGGCCUGCAACAGAGAAAACGGCGCCGAAUACAUCCACUAUGAAACCACGGGUCCUGCGCUGUGCACCAUCGUUUUCCUGCUUAUUUACUUCUUCGGCAUGGCCAGCUCGAUCUGGUGGGUGAUAUUGUCCCUCACUUGGUUUCUCGCCGCAGGUAUGAAGUGGGGGAAUGAGGCCAUCGCCAGUUACUCACAAUACUUUCAUUUGGCUGCCUGGCUCAUCCCCAGCAUGAAAUCCAUCGCAGUUUUGGCUUUGAGCUCUGUGGACGGAGACUCCGUGGCUGGAAUUUGCUACGUAGGCAACCAGAAUUUGGAUAACCUGCGAGGUUUUGUUUUGGCGCCGCUGGUGAUCUACCUGUUCAUAGGUACCAUGUUUCUGCUGGCCGGGUUCGUCUCGCUGUUCAGGAUCAGGAGUGUUAUCAAGCAAGGUGGCACCAAAACUGACAAGCUGGAGAGGCUGAUGAUCCGGAUAGGGGUUUUCACGGUUUUAUACACCGUCCCAGCCACUGUCAUAGUGGCGUGUUACUUUUACGAGCAGCAUAACAGACAGACGUGGGAAAUUACGCACAACUGUACUUGCAUGACGGACCCCAACAGGCAAAAGCCGGACUAUGCUGUGUUCAUGUUGAAAUACUUUAUGUGCCUCCUGGUGGGCAUCACUUCAGGGGCCUGGAUCUGGUCCGGGAAAACCUUGGACUCCUGGAGGACUUUUUGCACGCGGUGCUGCUGGGGGAGUAAAGCCUCAGCGGGCUCCAUGUACAGUGACGUGAGCACGGGACUGACCUGGAGAUCCGGGACGGCCAGCUCCGUCUCCUGUCCCAAACAGAUGCCACUGUCCCGGGUUUGAACAGGGUUGUUAUGUCAUUUGACACUAGAGACUUCAAACCAGCGCGAAUCAGCUCUUUCUGGGGAGAAAGUGGCACUAAUUUUAAAUGUUUUAUUUGGUUAAAUUGGUUUGGUAAAUUAUUCGAGGUGAGUCACCAAAUAACCAGUUUAGAUGAAACUAUGGCCAUGAGCACUACCCUAAUGUGAACCUUUUUGUUUUUGGAAUCGUGGUCAUGUUUGCUCCGUUGUGCUUAUAAAAGUUAGAAGAUCAGUUUGGACUUAUACUUAUGGAAAGUGUUUCUUCCUGGCCUUAUCCAAAUGACAUCCAUGGGUUUGAAUAGAGGGAGUUGGGUAGGGGAGGGGGUGACUAAUUGUGUUGGGAUUGUCCAUCAGCGUGUAGUAAUUAGCACAUUAAUGAGCGCCUAAUGGCUUCUCUUUAAAUAAUGAGACUGUCAGCAGCAGAACAAUGUACCUGGCACCGAAGAAUGCAGAGUCUUAUCUGGGCUUAAUUGAAUGCGCACAGCUGACAAGAUCCCCCUUGUCGAUAGGUUACAUGGUAUAGCUGAGGCACUUCUUUUUACUGUAAAGAACCGCUGUGUCUUAAACAUAAGAUUCAUAAUGAGAAUGCUCUGUUUAAAAUUGGGCCAUCCCUCGGCUGUUUUUCUCCACAACACGGAUUUACUUUAAUCAAUUGCCUUAAUACUGUCUCAUACGGGUUGCAUUAGCGCAUAAAGUGUAUUUAUAUAAUUAUUGGUGUACAUAUGUUGUACAUAUAAAAAUUUACGAGAUUGUAAAUAUGUAUAAUUUCCACUUUGAUAGAAGAUUUUAUUUUGAGAAUAAAACAAUUUUUAUUGAA